AUGAAUUCAAAGAAGCUAGUGAUGAGCUCUGAGACUUCAAGUGAAGAAAAAGAAGAUGAGACUGAAGCUUAUGGGUGCACAUUCUGCAGGAGAGGCUUCACAAACGCUCAGGCUUUAGGGGGUCAUAUGAAUAUUCAUAGGAAAGACAGAGCUAAGGAUAAGCAAGUGGCCACAAACUCUACUACUUCACUUCCAAAUGAAGAAUCCAUGGGCGCCCUUACUUUUGUUUCAGAAUAUCCAGAGUACAAACCCACAAAGCAUUACUCCAUUUUGGAGUCUCAGAAGAACUUUGAGAUGCAUCUUCGUCCACGAACACUUAUCCAGAGAAACCAACCUCCUAAACCUGUUCAUGGCGUUGAUUAUGAGUUUCAUUUCCCAAGGUCUCGACCUAUGAAUUCGAACCAAGAGCUUCGGGGUGUCGAUUUGAGUCUCCAAAUCGGUCAAAUUCAUGUGGAUAAUAAUAAUACUCAUCAAGUUAGGAGGAGAGGAACUCAGAAAGAUAGCGAAGUGGACUUGGAGCUUAGACUUGGCCAUGAUCCAUAA